UGCGUUGAUUCUGAAAUGGAGCAUGCACCGGAGGGAGAAUGGAGUUGUCCUCAUUGCGAAGAGCAUGGACCUCCACCUCGGGAAGAGGAACCGGUCAAAGUCAACAUGGAAUAUUGCCGAAUAUGCAAGGGCACUGGAUCCCUACUAUGUUGCGAUAAUUGCCCUAGUUCGUUCCAUGCAUACUGUCUGAAUCCACCAUUGAAACAGCUACCUGAAGAAGAGUGGUUAUGUCCCAGGUGUACCAUUCCUGAGCCGAAACAACGUCCAGAGAAAAUUCUUUGCUGGAGAUGGAUCGAAAUUCCUUAUCCUGAUCCACUCGAAUUGAAGCCGGGCGAAGAACCAGAUAAAGAAGCUGCAAUGCUUUAUCCACCGCGUAAAAUGGAACCUCGUCGAGAAAGGGAGUUCUUCGUGAAAUGGAGGUAUAUGUCGUACUGGCAUUGCGAAUGGGUCAGCGAGACUCUCAUGGACGUCUACUUCACUGCGUUGGUGCGGAUGUAUUGGCGUAAAUACGACUCUGAAAAUCCGCCAAUCUUUGACGAGUCGACUUCUCAGCGACAUCACAAGGAUAGUGAUCCUUACGAACUUCGUGAAAAGUUCUACCAAUAUGGUAUUAAACCAGAAUGGAUGCAGGUUCAUCGCAUCAUAAAUCAUAUGCAGUAUGGAAAAACUCAGUUCGAUUAUCUUGUAAAAUGGAAGGAACUUGCCUACGAGCAAGCAACAUGGGAAAGAGAUGAUAUGGAUAUUGCGUACUAUGACGAAGCUAUCAAUAAG